AUGUCGAUCUUCAAACGGGAGAAGACGGAUGUCCCAGCUCCAUCGUCGACACCCACCAGCGACGGCAAUUCGGUUGAGGAAGCGGAAGCCGACACAAGAGAUUUGUAUGGCUUUCGCUGGUUUUUAGCCUGCGCUGGAUUGUAUGUGGCUACCUUUCUUUACGGCCUAGAUACCACAAUUGCUGCGGAUGUUCAAGGGCCGGUUACCAUCGCCUUUGGCCAUGUUGAGCAGCUUGCCUGGGUUGGAGCAGGGUUCCCUCUGGGCUCUGUCUGCGUCAUACUACUUCUUGGAGACCUGUACUGGGCGUUGAGCGCAAAAUGGGUCUUUCUAUCAGCUGUGGUUCUCUUUGAAGUAGGCUCGACUCUGUGUGGUGCUGCGCCCUCCAUGAGCGUGUUAAUCAUCGGCCGUGUCGUCGCUGGAGCCGGUGGCAGUGGAAUCUUCACGGGUGUCUUGCGUUAUCUGUCUGCAAUGACCACCGAGAAGGAGCGGGGCUUCUACAUGUCGCUCAUCGGCAUCACCUGGGGAUCCGGCGCUGUACUGGGCCCGGUUAUCGGAGGUGCCUUCUCCGUGUCCUCGGCAACCUGGCGCUGGGCCUUUUACAUCAACCUGGUCAUCGGCGCCGUGGUUAUCCCAUCGCAGAUCAUGUAUCUUCCACCACUCCACCCUGCCGACACGACUUCUUCUAUUUUCUCCCGUCUUAGCAAAGUUGAUUUGGUUGGAUUUCUCCUGGGUGCCGGCGUGUGGACGACUUUCCUUUUGGCAUUCACUAUGGCAGGUAGCCAGUGGCCAUGGAACGACGGCCGGACCAUAUCAACAUUCGCAGUCUUCGGAGUGGUCUUGCUCCUCUACGUUUUACAACAGUACUUCUCGGUCUUCACCUCUCCUACUCGUCGGGCGUUCCCAGGCCAUCUUCUCCGAGACCGUACGCAGGUCUUGCUCUAUAUUGUGACCGCGGCCAGCAUUACCGUUUUAUUCGUGGCCAUUUACUACAUUCCGAUCUAUUUCCAAUUCGUCAAUGAUGAUCAUGCGCUCAUGGCUGCUGUACGCCUCCUUCCUUUUGUUAUCAUCGCGAUAUCGACGAACCUCGCUGCAGGCUCCCUGCUCCAUCUUAUAAAGAUGUAUAUGGUUAUCUACGUCCUGUCUGGGGUCCUCAUCGUUGUUGCAGGUGGUUUGCUGGUUGUAUAUCUCCAUCCGGACUCGUCCACGGGCACGAUAUAUGGAUUGACAGUGGUAAUUGGCCUUGGUGCUGGCCUAACAAUGUUAAUAGGAUUCCCCAUCGCCUCCCUGACAGCCAAACCGGCGGAUGUGGGAGCUGCCCUGAGCAUGCAAAACAUCUCUCAGAUUGGUGGACAGGUCAUUGCUCUCGCGGUCGCAGGCCAGAUCUACCAGUCUACAGCCGAGAAGAAGCUGUCAAUGGCAUUGUCCGGGCUUGGUUUCUCACAUGCAGAGAUUCAGAGCGCAGUCGCGGGCGCGCAAAGCUCCCUAUUUACAAAACUUAAGGGAGAGGCUCGCGAAAGGGCAGUCAGGGCUGUUACUGAAGCUAUGCAGAUGACGUUUGUCCUGUUACCGGUCUCUGGUGGCAUUCUUCUGAUUGCAGCAUUGCUGAUGAAACGAGAAAGGCUGUUUGGAAAAACCAUUGCUGUCGGAGGGUAG